GUGUGUGUGUGCGUGAGACAGUCUGGCACAGCUGAGCUGGGGGCGGGCUGUGCUCACUGCACUAAAGCCGCUGCUGGUUGUGUGGUUGUGCUGUGUCACUGGAGCUGAGGAGCGCCAGGGUUGGAUGUGGAUUGAAGUCGGAGGUUGGAGUAUGGGACUCUGGUCUCUGGGAUUAGGAGCGUUAGGUGCGGCCUUUGCUGGUAUCCUCCUUGCAAACACAGACCUGCUGCUGCCCAAGGCACAGAGGGCAAUGCUGGCAGCCCUCUCCGCGGCGGAGCUGAGGACUCUGGACGGAGAAAACCGGACAUUCCGGGCCAGUGAGCUGUGGGCUGGGAGAGGAGCCGUCAUCAUGGCGGUCAGGAGACCAGGAUGAUUUUUGUGCAGAGAGGAGGCGGCAGCGCUCUCCUCUCUGCGCCCAAGCCUGGCACAGCUGGGGGUGCCGCUCUGUGCGGUGGUGAAAGAGGACGUGAGGGACGAGAUCAAGAACUUUCAGCCAUUUUUUGAAGGAGAAAUUUAUCUCGAUCAGCAGAUGUGUUUUUACGGGCCGGUCCAACGUCGGAUGGGAUUGUUGGGUUUCCUGCGGCUCAGUGUUUGGCAGAACUUCCUGCGAGCACGUCACCGUGGCUUUAGCGGCAACGUGGACGGUGAGGGCUACAUCCUGGGUGGUGUGUUCGUCAUCGGAGCCGGCGAUCAGGGCAUCCUCCUGGAGCACCGGGAGAAGGAGUUCGGUGACGCUGUCAACCUCACGGCUGUGAUGGAAGCUGCCGGCAAGAUUUCCCCCCGGCAAAGCGCCGAAUAAAGCCAGAGAGAGCGUCUGUCUUUCUGCCUGUGGCUGUGCCACCGCCAGCCAGUGAGAUUCGCCGUGACUGAACCUUAGCACUGACACCCACCCUCGCCAGUUGUGCUGUAUUAAUGACAGUCUGACUUCAAACUCCCACGGGUCAGGCUCGAUAUCCACACGCACACAGGCCAUAGGGCAAGGUGCUCGGGGCAGAGGAACUGGGCGCCCAGCCUGCUCCUAAACUGAUAGAAUCUCAAUAAAGAAUGUGAGUUGGAAA